CAAACCGAGCGUGAGGUCAUUGGUGUACCGUCAGUACCAUGAAUACAUAUCAGAAAAUGUUUCUGUUACAAAAAAAGUAACUAAAACCAUAACAAAUCUUUGGAUUACAGGGCGUUUACGUCAUGAUCAACCGAAAUAACACGGUUAACCGCCAAAACUCGCCGUAAUAAAAGAUUAUGGCUACUCAGUGGGCGCUGUUUUGUCUAGUUGCCCAGAGAAUCCAGAGAUGAAUAGGGUUAACCAUUAUACUUGUCAGAAAAUUUAAGUUUGUGGAAAUACAGCAAUGUAAAUUAUAAAUAAAAAAUAAUAAAGAUGGCAUCAAGAACUUUAACAGAUAUAUUUCUUUUAAUGAGAAAUAAUGCCAUUAGGAGCAGACAGAUUUACCCUGACCAAGACACUUCUGAAAGAAUGCAUUUGGUUUCCUUAAAUGAUUUAGAAGAAGGCGCUUAUGACCGAAAUGAUAAUAAAAUGCCUCCAGUUUGGAUCGAUUAUUUAGAAAAAGCACAGAUGAUUUUACCUCGGUUAAAGGAUAAAAUAAAUGAUCUAAAGCAGUUAAAUUCCCGGCACCUACAUAAAUCUACAUUUGACGAGACUUCAGAUGAAGAAAUUGCAAUAGAUAACUGUACUCGGGAAGUAACAAGAAUGUUCAAUGAAAUUCAUAGGUUAUUGCAGGUGAUCAAAAGUCAUGCAACUGAAAGUGGAAUUAAAGAACAAAGACUAACUGUCAAUGUUUAUCGUUCGCUAGCUGCUGCUCUACAGGAUUUAUCUUUUAGUUUUCGAUCGACCCAAAAUAAUUAUUUGAGGCAAAUACAAUCAAGAGAGGACAGAUCAAAAAUUUAUUUUGACCAAAACGUAGAUCUGGAAUUACUAAAUGAAGAUUCAGAGGAAAUUGAUAAUUAUUUUAUGAAUUCCAAACAUAUUUCUCAGAACCAGCUUCUUCUGUUGGAGGAAGAGAAUACUAAAUUUGCACAAGAAAGGGAAAGGGAAGUGAACGCAAUUGUAAAAUCAAUUGUUGAUUUGAACGAAGUAUUUAAAGAUUUGAGUAGAAUGGUUGCUGAUCAAGGGACAAUUUUAGAUAGAAUUGAUUACAAUAUUGAACAGACACAGGUUCAAGUUUAUGAGGGCUUCAAACAACUUCAGAAGGCUGAUAAUUACCAAAGGAAAAACAGAAAAAUGUGUGCUAUUAUCAUGUUAACUGCAACUACAAUACUUUUGUUGCUUAUUUUAAUAUUAGUUAAGUUCUAGUCCCCCUAAUGAAUUUUAUUUUUAAGAUAUUAAAAUAAUUACCAUGAA